GUGAUCCAAAAAGUUCGGGUGAUAAAGGAGGAGGACCAGGAAAUGAUGCCGAUCAUCGUAAUAGGCAUGGUAGUCAUCGUAAUCAUGGUGGCUCUGGAGCUGUAGGUGCCGUAGGUGCUUUGCCUGUUGAUGAUCAGAAUCUUUCAUAUAUUCAGGAUGCUAUGGAUCUUUUGGAUCUUGCUGACCAACUUACUGAGUAUUAUGAAGCGAUUGCAACUAUUUCUGAAAGUGAAUAUGCUGCUACUUUUGCCGGUCUGACUGCUGUUGUAGUCCUCGCUAAUAGUUUUGGCGAUGCCACAAUUCCGUCUAAUAUUACUUCCAUAAUUCAGCCUUAUAUUACUUCCACAAUUCAGUCUAAUAUCACAUCCACAAUUACGUCUAAUAUUACAUCCACAAUUCAGUCUAAUAUCACUUCCACAAUUACGUCUAAUAUUACAUCCACAAUUCCGUCUACUGCUACACAAUCCAUCACAAUUCUGCCUACUACUACUCCUCAAUUACCUCCAACUAAUAACACCACAGAGAUUGUAGUAGUAGAUUUACGAUCGUUUCCCGUUCAAUUAAUCAGACUUACAUAG